UGAAAAUUGCUUGCCGAAGCAAACCAGAUUCGACGGCGGCUGGAAUUGUAAUGUAAGAAAGAUUUGCAAACUUCGGGUGAACCGACGGCUGAACCGCAGAAUCGAGAAAAGGCAUCUAAUAAAUGUGUUUGAGAGCCACGUAAAAAGGUAGAUCAAUCGGAUGAGUUCGGAAAAUAUGAGCGAGGAGGAGUGCAGUCCUCCUAAAUGUCCUCGACAGGAUGAUUCAUCAUCCGAAAAGGAGGUAAGAAAAUUGUGAAAUUUUGGGAUAUCACCUAGUUUAGAUUUCUCGACAAGCACCACCAGCUGUUUCAUUCAGCGUUGCCUUACUGUAUUCUUUUGAAAUUUGUAGCGAAAAUGAUGACAGAUCUUAAAUUCUCACUGUUCCACAAGACACCGUUUUUUGAAAACAGACUCCAAGGUCUCAGGAAAGACCUUGGAAUCUUGAGCGAAAUGUUGUACUACAUAUUGUUAUCAGUGACUUAUGAUUUAGAGAAUUCUUGAAAGAUAUUCAAUGUGUGCAAAAAUAUUUUGGGCCGUGACAACUAAGUUUGGUUUGAUUGCAUUUCAGCUUCGGUCUGCAGCAGAGUGUGAAGAGGUAAGUUAGUUAGUUACAUUGUUUUCCUGUUCAUUGCAUUUUCUAACCUUUCAUGGUAAAAUAUCAAAGUUUUGAAUACUGUAAUGAGCUAUCUAAUGGAAACUAAGAAACGUGUCCACUACUCUUCACCUCUGCAUCCUAGGCCAGCAGAAGGAUAUCUCUUUUUUAGGGUGUACAUGAUUGUAUAUAUAAUAAAGAGAAUUGCAUGCCUUAUAUGUAACUUACAAGAAGAUGUGUGUUUCAUUAUUAAGAGUUGAAGUAGAUUAAUUUUGGAAUGUGCUAACAUGAUACUUAAAAUAUAUCUGCAUUUACAUAUGCAAACACAAAAGAAAUCUCUCAGGCUGACUUGUCAUCAGUUUUGAAACAUAUUUUCCCUAUGUAGCAGCAACAUUUGUGCAGAAAGUUUUGCCUAACAAGUAGCAAACCAGAAACCAUAUUUUAUGCGGCAACAUUCUGAAAGAAAACAUUUUCACAAAGCAGUACAUAUUGAUAAAAGCCACGUACCUUUUAAUGCUCUAACAAAGAAAGGGCAACUAAUCACAGUGUGUUUGAGAGCCAUGUGCAGAGACAUCAAUCAAAUAAGUUUGGAAAAUAUGAGCAAGGAGGAGUGCAGUCCUCCUAAUCUACAUUUUUAGGAGCAUCAAAAUGUAUAAAUUAAGGAAAGAGCUGCUAACAAAAUUUUGGGAGAUCACUUAGUUUAGAUUUCUCAACCCACACCACUAGCAUUUUCAUCCAGCAUGGUGAUACUGUAUUCUUUUGAGAUUUAUUUUCAUGGCUAAAAUGAUGUGAGAUCUUGACAGCAUUAAAGCUUAAAUUCUCACUGUUCCAUAAGACACCAUUUUUCAAAUACAGACUCAAAGGUCUCAGACAAGACCUUGGAAUCUUGGGCGAAAUGUCAUACUACAUAUUGUCAUCAGCGACUUAUCAUUUAGAGAAUUCUUGAAAGAUAUUCAAUAAUGUGUGCAAAAUAUUUCCGGCCGUAAAAGGGAAGCUGCAUCUCAUAUUUUCCUAAAGUAUAGUAAGAGUUUAAGGGUACAGUGUAAGUUUAAUUUACUACACGUUAAAUAAGUAGACUAAGUGCUUUUCACACAUGCUGAUUGGAUUGUUAAAUAUAUGUGCAUUUAAAUAAUUAGGCAAACAUGAAAGAAAUCUCUCAGGCUGACUUGUCAUCAAUUUUGAAACAUAUCUCCUCUUUGCAGCAACAGAGUUUGCUAAGAAAGUUUUGCCAAACAAGUAACAAACCAGAAACCAUGUUUAAUCUGGAACAUUCUGAAAGAAAAUGGUUUUGAUGAAGCAGUACAUAUUGAUAAAAGCCAAGAACCUUUUAAUGCACUAACAAAAAAAAGGCAAAUAAUCACAGUGUGUUUGAGAGCCACAUGUAAAGACGGGUCAAUCAAAUAAGUUUGGAAAAUAUGAGCAAGGAGGAGUGCAGUCCUCCUAAUCUAAAUUGGCAGGAGCAUCAAAUAUACAAAUUAAGGGAAGAGCUGCUAACAAAAUUUUGGGAGAUCACUUAGUUUAGUUUUUACAACCUGCACUGCUAGCAGUUUCAUCCAGCAUGGUGAUAUUGUAUUCUUUUGAGAUUUAUUUACAUGACCAAAAUGAUUUGAGGUCUUGACAGUAGUAAAGAUUAAAUUCUUAUGCACUGUUCCAUAAGACGCUGUUUUUCAAAAAUGUACUUGAAGGUCUCAGACAAGACCUUGGAAUCUUAAGCAAAAUGUCAUACUACAUAUUUUUAUCAGAGACUUAUCAUUCAGAGAAUUCUUGAAAGAUAUUCAAUAAUAAGUGCAAAAUAUUUUGGGCUGUAAAAGAGAAGCUGCAUCUCAUAUUUUUCCUCAAGUAUAGUAAGAGUUUAAGGGUACAGUGUAAGUUUAAUUUACUACACGUCAAAUAAGCAAACUAAGUGCUUUUCACACAUACUGAUUGGUUAGCUUGUUUGUGAUUAAAAGACUAUUUACCUGUGUGAUGAGAAGCAAAGUGGCAUCCCAUUUCUCUAUGAUGAAGAGGUAAAGUUUGAUUAAAGCAUAGCAAAGUGACAACUAAGUUUCAAAUUGGUUUGAUUGCAUUUAAGCAUUUGAAAAGGUGUGAGGAAAUUCAGGUAAGUUAGUUAGUUGCAUAAUUUUACCAUUCAUUGCAUUUUUCCAACUUAAUGUCCACUUAACUCUUCACCUCUGCAUCCUAGCACAGCAGAAGGAUAACUCUUUUGGGGUAUUCCUGAUUAUGAAUAAAAAGGUAGAUUUUUAUGCCCUUUAUGUCACGUACAGGUAGAUUUAUGUUUUAUUGUUAAGAGCUAAAGUGGAUUAAUUUUAAAAUGUGCUUACAUGAUUGUUAAAUAUAUGUGCAUUUACAUAAUUAUGCAAUCAUGAAAGAAAUCUCUGACUUGUCAUCAAUUUUGAAACAUAUCUCCCCUUUGCAGCAACAGAGUUUGCUUGGAAUGUUUUGCCCAACAAGUAGCAAACCAGAAAGCAUGUUUUUAUGUGGGACAUUCUGGAAGAAAACAUUUUUGAUGAAGCAGUACAUAUUGAUAAAAGCCAAAUACUUUUUAAUGCACUAGCAAAGAAAGGGCAACUAAUCACAGUGUGUUUGAGAGCUACAUGCAAAGACAGAUCAAUUGGAAAAGAUGAGCAAGGAGGAGUGCAGUCCUCCUAAUCUAAAUUGGCAGGAGCAUCAAAUAUAUAAAUUAAGGAAAGAGCUGCUAACAAAAUUUUGGGAGAUCACUUAGUUUAGAUUUCUCAACCCGGACCAUUAGCGGUUUCAUCCAGCAAGGUGAUACUGUAUUCUUUUGAGAUUUAUUUUCAUGACGAAAAUGAUGUGAGAUCUUGACAGUAUUAAAGCUUAAAUUCUCACUGUUCCACAUUCAAUAAUGUGUUCUUUAAAAGAGAAGCUGCAUCCCUUUUUUUCCCUCAAGUAUAGUAAGAGUUGAAGGGUACAGCGUAUUACAUAUAAUUUACUACACGUGAAAUAAGUAGACUACAGCUUGGUGCUUUUCACAAAUACUGAUUGGCUGGCUUGUAUGUGAAGAGAAGCAAAGUGGCUUCCUAUUUCUCUGUGAUGAAGAGGUAAAGUUUGAUUAAAGCGUAGCAAAGUGACAACUAAGUUUGGUUUAAUUGCAUUUCAGGUCGCGGCCCGUAGAAAGAGAGUGGUAAGUUACAUUAUUUUCCCAUUCUUUGCAUUUUCCAACCUUUUGUGGCAAAAUAUCAAGGUUUUGAAUACUGUAAUGAGCAAUCUAAUGGAAAACUAUGAAACCUAAUGAUUUUAUGCAAUGUUUAAAACCGAUAAAAAACAUAAACUAGGAAGUUUGAAGUGGGCAAAUGUCCACUACUCUUCACCUCUGCAUCCUAGGCCAGCAGAAGGAUAACUCUUUUUUGGGAUAUACACGAUUGUAUAAAAGAAAAUGAGAUUUUUAUGCGCUAUAUAUCACUUCCGUGUAGAUGUAUGUUUUACAGUUAAGAGCUGAAGUGGAUUAAUUUUAGAAUGUGCUUCCAUGAUAGUUAAAUAUACCGUAUUUUCUCGGUUAUAAGGCGCACUCGGUUAUAAGACGCUCCCUGAAUUUUUGAACUCGUUCCUUUCAAGUUGUUAAACCGAAAAUUUUGCCUAAAUACCCGGUUAUAAGACGCAACCUCAACUUUGAGCCUUUUCACUAUCUUCACUUUCAAAGCAAUAGUGUUUUCAAAGUUCCUAAUUACAGUUAAUUAUGUCACCUUUUUUUAACAAACAGAAAAAAAGUCACACAUUUGUGUGAACAAAGCAAAAAAAUCACACUUAUAAAAGAGACAGAGAUACCGUGAAUACAGUCUGUCUUCUUAGGAAACAGUGUUACUUUCUAAAGCUAUGUAUACUAAUUGAUCCAGUGUAAGCUUUAUCUCAGCUGGUCAAGUUGCUAGUUGUAAAACUUCAUUCACGGUGAUUCAGCGAGCAUUGCUAAGUUCAAAACAAAAAUCAUGCCUAGUACGCAACGUCAUUCUUACAAUCUGAACUUUAAGUUGAAAAUAGUAGCAGAAGCAGAGGCAGUGAAAAACAAUCGGGAAAUUGCACGCGAGUACAGAAUAUCCGAGUCAAUGGUUCACAAAUGGCAAAACCAACAGCAUAUGCUGUUUAAUGACAAUAACUAGUAGCAAGCCAGAAACCAUGUUUUGAUCAGGGACAUUCUGGAAGAAAACAUUUUUCUUGAAGCAGUACAUAUUGAUAAAAGCCAAGUACCUUUGAAUGCACUAACAAAGAAAGGGCAACUAAUCACAGUGUGUUUGAGAGCCACAUGCAAAGACAUCAAUCAAAUAAGUUUGGAAAAUAUGAGCAAGGAGGAGUGCAGCCCUCCAAAUCUAAAUUUUUAGGAGCAUCAAAAUAUAUAAAUUAAGGAAAGAGCUGCUAACAAAAUUUUGGGAGAUCACUUAGUUAAGAUUUCUCAACCUGGACCAUUAGCAUUUUCAUCCAGUAUGGUGAAACUGUAUUCUUUUGAGAUUUAUUUUCAUGGCUAAAAUGAUGUGAGAUCUUGACAGAAUUAGAGCUUAAAUUCUCACUGUUCCAUAAGACACCAUUUUUCAAAUACAGACUCAAAGGUCCCAGACGAGACCUUGGAAUCUUGGGCAAAAUGUCAUACUACAUAUUGUUAUCAGCGACUUAUCAUUUAGAGAAUUCUUGAAAGAUAUUCAAUAAUGUGUGCAAAAUAUUUCCGGCCGUAAAAGGGAAGCUGCAUCUCAUAUUUUCCUUAAGUAUAGUAAGAGUUUAAGGGUACAGUGUUAGUUUAAUUUACUACUUGUUAAAAAAGUAGACUUAGUGCUUUUCACACAUGCUGAUUGGAUUGUUAAAUAUAUGUGCAUUUAAAUAAUUAGGCAAACAUGAAAGAAAUCUCUCAGGCUGACUUGUCAUCAAUUUUGAAACAUAUCUCCUCUUUGCAGCAACAGAGUUUGCUAAGAAAGUUUUGCCAAACAAGUAACAAACCAGAAACCAUGUUUAAUCUGGAACAUUCUGCAAGAAAACGGUUUUGAUGAAGCAGUACAUAUUGAUAAAAGCCAAGAACCUUUUAUUGUACUAACAAAAAAAAGGCAAAUAAUCACAGUGUGUUUGAGAGCCACAUGUAAAGACGUGUCAAUUAAAUAAGUUUGGAAAAUGUGAGCAAGGAGGAGUGCAGUCCUCCUAAUCUAAAUUGGCAGGAGCAUCAAAUAUACAAAUUAAGGAAAGAGCUGCUUACAAAAUUUUGGGAGAUCACUUAGUUUAGUUUUUUCAACCUGCACCACUAGUAGUUUCAUCCAGCAUGGUGAUAUUGUAUUCUUUUGAGAUUUAUUUUCAUGGCCAAAAUGAUUUGAGGUCUUGGCAGUAGUAAAGAUUAAAUUCUUAUGCAGUGUUCCAUAAGACACUGUUUUUAAAAAAUGUACUUGAAGGUCUCAGACAAGACCUUGGAAUCUUGAGCAAAAUGUCAUACUACACAUUUUUAUCAGAGACUUAUCAUUCAGAGAAUUCUUGAAAGAUAUUCAAUAAUAAGUGCAAAAUAUUUGGGCUGUAAAAGAGAAGCUGCAUCUCAUAUUUUCCUCAAGUAUAGUAAGAGUUUAAGGGUACAAUGUAAGUUUAAUUUACUACACGUCAAAUAAGUAAACUAAGUGCUUUUCACACAUACUUCACAUGUAGUUUCAUCCAGCAUGGUGAUAUUGUAUUCUUUUGAGAUUUAUUUACAUGGCCAAAAUGAUGUGAGAUCUUAGAAGUAUUAAAGAUUAAAUUCUUAUGCACUGUUCCAUAAGACACUGUUUUUCAAAAACAUACUUGAAGGUCUCAGACAAGACCUCGGAAUCUUGAGUGAAAUGUGGUACUAUAUAUUGUUAUCAGUAACUUAUGAUUUAGAGAAUUCUUGAAAGAUAUUCAAUAAUGAGUGCAAAUUUUAUUCAGGACAUAAAAGAGAAGCUGCAUCUCUAAUUUUCCUCAAGUAUAGUAAGAGUUUAAGGGCACAGUGUAAGUUUAAAUUACUACACGUGAAAUAAGUAGACUAAGUGCUUUUCACACAUACUGAUUGGUUAGCUUGUUUGUGAUUAAAAUACUAUUUACCUCUGUGGUGAGAAGCAAAGUGGCUUCCUAUUUCUCUGUGGUGAAGAGGUAAAUAAAGUUUGAUUAAAGCAUAGCAAAGUGACAACUAAGUUUGGUUUGAUUGCAUUUCAGGCGAGGUUAUUGGCAGAGAGUGAGAGGGUAAGUUAGUUUGUUAGUUACAUUAUUUUCUAAUUCAUUGCAUUUUCCAACCUUUUAUGGUAAAAUAUCAAAGUUUUGAAUACUGUAAUGAGCUAUCUAAUGGAAACUAAGAAACAUGUAAUGAUUUUAUGCAAUGUUUAAAACUGAUUAAUAUACAUGAAUUAGGAAGUAUCAAGAGGGUAAAUGUACACUACUCUUCACCUCUGCAUUCUAGGCCAGCAGAAGGAUAUCUCCUUUUUGGGGUGUACAUGAUUGUAUAUGAAAAAAAAGAGAUUUUUAUGCCUUAUAUGUAACUUACAAGAAGAUGUGUGUUUCAUUAUUAAGAGUUGAAGUAGAUUAAUUUUAGAAUGUGCGUACAUGAUACUUAAAAUGUAUGUGCAUUUACAUAUGCAAACAUGAAAGAAAUCUCUCAGGCUGACUUGUCGUCAGUUUUGAAACAUACUUUCCCUAUGUAGCAGCAACAUUUGUGCAGAAAGUUUUGCCCAAAAAGUAGCACAAAGCAGUACAUAUUGAUAAAAGCCAAAUACCGUUUAAUGCACUAACAAAGAAAGGGCAACUAAUCACAGUGUGUUUGAGAGCCACACACAAAGACAUCAAUCAAAUAAGUUUGGAAAAUAUGAGCAAGGAGGAGUGCAGUCCUCCUAAUCUAAAUUUUUAGGAGCAUCAAAUAUAUAAAUUAAGGAAAGAGCUGCUAACAAAAUUUUGGGAGAUCACUUAGUUUAGAUUUUUCAACCCAGACCAUUAGCAGUUUCAUCCAGCAUGGUGAUACUGUAUUCUUUUGAGAUUUAUUUUCAUGGCUAAAAUGAUGUGAGAUCAAGUAUAGUAAGAGUUAAAGGGUACAGCGUAUUACGUAUAAUUUAUUACACAUGAAAUAAGUAGACUACAGCUUGGUGCUUUUCUCACAGACUGAUUGGCUGGCUUGUAUGUGAGUAAAAUACUAUUUACCUGUGUGGCGAGAAGCAAAGUGGCUUCCUAUUUCUCUGUGAUGAAGAGGUAAAGUUUGAUUAAAGCGUAGCAAAGUGACAACUAAGUUUGGUUUGAUUGCAUUUCAGGUCGAGGCCCUUGUAAAUAGAGUCAUGGUAAGUUACAUUAUUUUCCCAUUCUUUGCAUUUUCCAACCUUUUGUGGCAUAAUAUCAAAGUUUUGAAUACUGUAAUGAGCAAUCUAACGGAAAACUAUGAAACCUAAUGAUUUUAUGCAAUGUUUAAAACCGAUAAAAAACAUAAACUAGGAAGUAUCAAGUGGGCAAAUGUCCACUACUCUUCACCUCUACAUCCUUGGCCAGCAGAAGGAUAACUCUUUUUUGGGAUAUACAUGAUUGUGUAAAAGAAAAUGAGAUUUUUAUGCGCUAUAUAUCACUUCCGUGUAGAUGUAUGUUUUACAGUUAAGAGCUGAAGUGGAUUAAUUUUAGAAUGUGCUUCCAUGAUAGUUAAAUAUACCGUAUUUUUCGGUUUAAAGCACUUUCGGUUAUAAGACGCUCCCUGAAUUUUUGAACUCGUUCCUUUCAAGUUGUUAAACCGAAAAUUUUGCCUAAAUACCCGGUUAUAAGACGCAACCUCAACUUUGAGCCUUUUCACUAUCUUCACUUUCAAAGCAAUAGUGUUUUCAAAGUUCCUAAUUACAGUUAAUUAUGUCACCUUUUUUUAACAAACAGAAAAAAAGUCACACAUUUGUGUGAACAAAGCGAAAAAAAUCACUCUUAUAAAAGAGAUAGAGACACCAUGAAUACAGUCUGCCUUCUUAGGAAACAGUGUUACUUUCUAAAGCUAUGUAUACUAAUUGAUCCAGUGUAAGCUUUAUAAGCAUGUCUCAGCUGGUUGAAUUGCUAGUUGUAAAACUUCAUUCACGGUGAUUCAGCGAGCAUUGCUAAGUUCAAAAAAAAAAUCAUGCCUAGUACGCAACGUCAUUCUUACAAUCUGAACUUAAAUUUGAAAAUAGUAGCGGAAGCAGAGGCAGUGAAAUAAAAUCGGGAAAUUGCACGUGAGUAUGGAAUAUCCAAGUCAAUGGUUCGCAAAUGGCGAAACCAAAAGCAUAUGCUGUUUAAUGACAAUAACUAGUAGCAAGCCAGAAACCAUGUUUUGAUCAGGGACAUUCUGGAAGAAAACAUUUUUCUUGAAGCAGUACAUACUGAUAAAGGCCAAGAACCUUUUAAUGCACUAUCGAAGAAAGGGUAACUAAUCACAGUGUGUUUGAGAGCCACAUGCAAAGACAGAUCAAUUGGAUGAGUGUGGAAAAUAUGAGCAAGGAGGAGUGCAGUCCUUCUAAUCCACUUCGGCUGGAGUUUCAAAUAUAGGAAUUAACGCUGCUAACAAAAUUUUGGGAUCAUAUCACUUAGUUGAGAUUUCUCAACCUGCACCACUAGCUGUUUCAUCCAGCAUGGUGAUACUGUAUUCAUUUGAGAUUUGUUUUUCAUGACCAAAAUGAUGUGAGAUCUUGAAAGUAUUAAAGCUUAAAUUCUCACUGUUCCAUAAGACACCAUUUUUCAAAAAAAGACUCGAAGGUCUCAGGCAAGACCUCGGAAUCUUGAGUGAAAUGAGGUACUAUAUAUUGUUAUCAGUUACCUUGGAAUCUUGAGGGAAAUGUCGUACUACAUAUUGUUAUCAGUGAGUUAUGAUUUAGAGAAUUCUUGAAAGAUAUUCAAUAAUGUGUGCAAAAUAUUUCGGGCCGUAAAAGAGAAACUGCAUCUCAUAUUUUCCUCAAGUAUAGUAAGAGUUAAAGGGCACAGUGUAAGUUUAAUUUACUACAUGUCAAAUGAGUAGACCAAGUGCUUUCACCCAUGCUGAUUGGCUAGCUUGUGUGUGAUUAAAAUACUAUUUACCUCUGUGGCAAAAAACAAAGUGGCUUCUUAUUUUUCUGUGAUGAAGAGGUAAAGUUUGAUUAAAGCAUAGCAAAGUGACAACUAAGGUUGGCAACCUCUUUUGGCAAAGCUCUUUACUUAAUUUAUAUAAUAUAAAUUAAGUAAAGAGCUGCUAACAAAAUUUUGGGAGAUCACUUAUAAUUAGUUUAGAUUUUUCAACCUGGACCAUUAGCAGUUUCAUCCAGCAUGGUGAUACUGUAUUCUUUUGAGAUUUAUUGUCAUGGCUAAAAUGAUGUGAGCUCUUGGCAGUAUUAAAGCUUAAAUUCUCACUGUUCCAUAAGACACCUUUUUUUCAAAUACAGACUCAAAGGUCUCAGACAAGACCUUGGAAUCUUGGGCAAAAUGUCAUACUACAUAUUGUCAUCAGCGACUUAUCAUUUCGAGAAUUCUUGAAAGAUAUUCAAUAAUGUGUGCAAAAUAUUCUGGCCGUAAAAGAGAAGCUGCAUCUCAUAUUUUCCUCAAGUAUAGUAAGAGUUUAAGGGUACAGUGUUAGUUUAAUUUACUACACGUUAAAAAAGUAGACUUAGUGCUUUUCACACAUGCUGAUUGGAUUGUUAAAUAUAUGUGCAUUUAAAUAAUUAGGCAAACAUGAAAGAAAUCUCUCAGGCUGACUUGUCAUCAAUUUUGAAACAUAUCUCCUCUUUGCAGCAACAGAGUUUGCUAAGAAAGUUUUGCCAAACAAGUAACAAACCAGAAACCAUGUUUAAUCUGGAACAUUCUGAAAGAAAAUGGUUUUGAUGAAGCAGUACAUAUUGAUAAAAGCCAAGAAAGCACACAUGCAAAGACAGAUCAGUCGGAUGAGUGUGGAAAAUUAGAGCAAAGAGGAGUGCAGUCCUCCUAAUCUAAAUUGGCAGGAGCAUCAAAUAUACAAAUUAAGGGAAGAGCUGCUAACAAAAUUUUGGGAGAUCACUUAGUUUAGUUUUUACAACCUGCACUGCUAGCAGUUUCAUCCAGCAUGGUGAUAUUGUAUUCUUUUGAGAUUUAUUUACAUGACCAAAAUGAUUUGAGGUCUUGACAGUAGUAAAGAUUAAAUUCUUAUGCACUGUUCCAUAAGGCUGUUUUUCAAAAAUGUACUUGAAGGUCUCAGACAAGACCUUGGAAUCUUAAGCAAAAUGUCAUACUACAUAUUUUUAUCAGAGACUUAUCAUUCAGAGAAUUCUUGAAAGAUAUUCAAUAAUAAGUGCAAAAUAUUUUGGGCUGUAAAAGAGAAGCUGCAUCUCAUAUUUUUCCUCAAGUAUAGUAAGAGUUUAAGGGUACAGUGUAAGUUUAAUUUACUACACGUCAAAUAAGCAAACUAAGUGCUUUUCACACAUACUGAUUGGUUAGCUUGUUUGUGAUUAAAAGACUAUUUACCUGUGUGAUGAGAAGCAAAGUGGCAUCCCAUUUCUCUAUGAUGAAGAGGUAAAGUUUGAUUAAAGCAUAGCAAAGUGACAACUAAGUUUCAAAUUGGUUUGAUUGCAUUUAAGCAUUUGAAAAGGUGUGAGGAAAUUCAGGUAAGUUAGUUAGUUGCAUAAUUUUACCAUUCAUUGCAUUUUUCCAACUUAAUGUCCACUUAACUCUUCACCUCUGCAUCCUAGCUCAGCAGAAGGAUAACUCUUUUAGGGUAUGCCUGAUUAUGAAUAAAAAGGUAGAUUUUUAUGCCCUUUAUGUCACGUACAUGUAGAUUUAUGUUUUAUUGUUAAGAGCUAAAGUGGAUUAAUUUUAAAAUGUGCUUACAUGAUUGUUAAAUAUAUGUGCAUUUACAUAAUUAUGCAAUCAUGAAAGAAAUCUCUGACUUGUCAUCAAUUUUGAAACAUAUCUCCCCUUUGCAGCAACAGAGUUUGCUUGGAAUGUUUUGCCCAACAAGUAGCAAACCAGAAAGCAUGUUUUUAUGUGGGACAUUCUGGAAGAAAACAUUUUUGAUGAAGCAGUACAUAUUGAUAAAAGCCAAAUACUUUUUAAUGCACUAGCAAAGAAAGGGCAACUAAUCACAGUGUGUUUGAGAGCUACAUGCAAAGACAGAUCAAUUGGAUGAGUUUGGAAAAUCUGAGCAAGGAGGAGUGCAGUCCUCCUAAUCUAAAUUGGCAGGAGCAUCAAAUAUACGAAUUAAGGAAGGAGCUGUGAACAAAAUUUUAGGAGAUCACUUAGUUUAGAUUUGUCAGCCUGCACCACUAGCAUUUUCAUCCAGCAUGGUGAUACUGUAUUCUUUUGAGAUUUAUUCACAUGGCCAAAAUGAUGUGAGAUCUUGGUAGUAUUAAAGAUUAAAUUCUUAUGCACUGUUCCAUAAGAUACAGUUUUUCAAAAACAUACUUGAAGGUCUCAGACAAGACCUUGGAAUCUUGAGCGAAAUGUCAUACGACAUAUUGUUAUCAGUGACUUAUGAUUUAGAGAAUUCUUGAAAGAUAUUCAAUAAUGAGUGCAAAUUUUAUUCAGGACAUAAAAGAGAAGCUGCAUCUCUAUUUUUCCUCAAGUAUAGUAAGAGUUUAAGGGCACUGAGUAAGUUUAAUUUACUACACGUGAAAUAAGUAGAUUAAGUUCUUUUCACACAUGCUGAUUGGAUAGCUUGUAUGUGAUUAAAAUUCUAUUUACCUCUGUGGUGAGAAGCAAAGUGGCUUCCUAUUUCUCUGUGAUGAAGAGGUAAAUAAAGUUUGAUUAAAGCGUAGCAAAGUGACAACUAAGUUUGGUUUAAUUGCAUUUCAGGUCAUGGCCUGUAGAAAGAGAGUGGUAAGUUACAUUAUUUUAGAUUAGAAUUUACAUGGCCAAAAUGAUGUGAGACCUUGGCAGUAUUAAAGAUUAAAUUCCUAUGCACUGUUCCAUAAGACACUGUUUUUUAAAAAUGGACUUGAAGGUCUCAGACAAGACCUUAAAAUCCUGAGCGAGAUGUCUUACUACAUAUUGUUAUCAGUGACUUGUGAUUUAGAGAAUUCUUGAAAGAUAAAAGAGAAGCUGCAUCUCUAAUUUUCUUCAAGUAUAGCAAGGGUUAAAGGUUACAGCGUAAUAAGUGUAAUUUACUACACAGGAAAUAAGUGGACUAAGUGCUUUUCACACAUGCUGAUUGGCCAGCUUGUAUGUGAUUAAAAUACUAUUUACCUGUGUGGUGAGGAGCAGAGUGGCUUCCUAUUUCUCUGCGAUGAAGAGAUAAAUAAAGUUUGAUUAAAGCAUAGCAAAGUGACAACUAAGUUUGGUUUGAUUGCAUUUCAGCUCCAGUCUGCAGCAGAGUAUGAAGAGGUAAGUUAGUUAGUUACAUUAUUUUCCCAUUCAUUGCAUUUUCUAACCUUUCAUGGUAAAAUAUCAAAGUUUUGAAUACUGUAAUGAGCAUUCUAAUGGAAACUAAGAAAUGUGUAAUGAUUUUAUGCAAAGUUUAAAACUUAUAAAUAAUGUUAAUUAGGAAGUAUCAAGUUGGUAGAUGUCCACUACUCUUCACCUCCGCAUCCUAGCCCAGCCAAAGGAUGACUCUUUUCUGGGGUAAACAUGAUUGUAUAAAAGAAAAUGAAAUUUUUAUGCCCUUUAUGUCACUUGCAUGUAGAUGUGUUUCACCGUUAAGAGCUGAAGUUGGUUUAAUUUUAGAAUGUGCUUACAUGAUUGUUAAAUAUACUUGCAUUUGCAUAUGAAAACAUGAACAAAAUCUCUCUGGCUGACUUGUUAUCAGUUUUGAAACAUAUUUCCGCUAUGUAGCAGUAAAGUUUGUGUGGAAAGUUUUGCCAAACAAGUAGCGAACCAGAAACCAUGUUUUGAUGAGGGACAUUCUAAAAGAAGAAAUUAUUCAUGAAGCAGUACAUAUUGAUAAAAGCCAAGAACCGUUUAGCACACUAUCGAAGAAAGGGCAACUAAUCACAGUGUGUUUGAGAGCCACAUGCAAAGACAGAUCAAUUGGAUGGGUUUGGAAAAUAUGAGCAAAGAGGAGUGCAGUCCUCCUAAUCUACAUUGGCCAGAGCAUCAAAUAUACAAAUUAAGGAAAGAGCUGCCAACAAAAUUUGGGAAAUCACUUGGUGUAGAUUUCUUGACCAGUACCACUAGUUUGUUUUAUCCAGUGUUGUGUUACUGUAUUCUUUUGAGAUUUAUUUUGGUAGCAAAAAUGAUGUGAGAUCUUGGCAGUAUUUUACAAAACAGACUUGUAUGUAGAUGUAUGUUUUACAGUUAAGAGCUGAAGUGGAUUAAUUUUAGAAUGUGCUUACAUGAUAGUUAAAUAUAUGUGCAUUUACGUAUGCAAACAUGAAAGAAAUCUCUCUGGUUGUUUUUUCAUCAGUUUUGAAACAUAUUUCCCCUUUGUAGUAGCAGAGUUCGUGCAGAAUUAGUUUUUUCCCAACAAGUAGCAAACCAGAAACCAUGUUUUAAUCUGGGAUAUUCUGAAAGUAAACACUUGGCAUGAAGCAGUACUUACUGGUAAAAGCUGUGUAAAUUUUCAUUUAUAAUAACCAAUGAAAAUAUAACUGUGACAUCAUGGCAUGAUUUGUAGUUGUAAAUAAUACAGUGUGAAGUGCUAAACAUGGCAGUUGGGCACAAUCCUUACACAUGUACAAAGAGUAGAGAGAUCUCCCAAUCAGUGACCUUAACUAUCAUCAGUUUUAUUAAACAUAUUCAUUUGUUCCUCUUUUGCAGGCUAAAGCUUCAGCAAGGAGUUAUGCUGAACAAAUAAACAAUCAGUUGCAAUGCAAUGGAAGAUAUUCCCCCAACAUUACUGUCAAAGUUGCCAUCCCGGCAGAUGGAUGGGGGCAUUGGAGUUGGCAGGGAAGCAAUGUAUACCUCACAACAGAGUUAUCCAAACAACUGGCAAAAUUCCCUUAUAUGAAAGUCUCUAUGCUGGUGCCUGAAGGUUCAUGUAGUGAGUUGAAAAAGAAAACAGCUGAAAUUUUUAAUGUUACCAUUGUUGAAGCAAAAAAGCAACCAGGAUUCAAAGAUCCCAGUGACUGGCUGUACUUUCUACCAAAAGGCCUCACUACAGACAUUGUUAUUGGUAUAGGUGAUAAACUUUGCAAAAUGGCGCAAAUAUUUAAGGUACUUCACCACUGCAAAAGUAUUUUUUUUGGUUCCAAUUCUUUUGAAGAAAGCCUUUCCAGAGAAACCAAAUUAAGAAGUGUCCUGGCUGAGAUGGAAGAUGUAUGCCAAUGUGAUGUUCAACCUAUUGUGCAAAUGGCUGAUCUUCCAGUUGGUUUGGGACCAAAAAUAGCUGGCAGACUUUCUGAUUCCCUCACUCGUCAAGGGAAAGAAGUUUUCGAGUUAACUCCAGGUAUACUCACUGAAUUUGCUGAUAUCACACAAACCCGUCGUGAUAGGGAAAAGUUUCGUAUCCUGGUCGCAGGACAUGGCUACCUCAGGUAUUUUUACAAAGAAAGACUUGAAAUUGUUGCAAAAGCAGUUGCUAAGUUGAAGGACGAAUCCUAUGAGAUUAUUUUUGUUGGUGCUGCUGAAGGAGAACAUAGGGGAUUUAUGAAGAAAUUUCGUAAAUGUGGUGUGCCCAAACAUCAGAUGAUCAUUCGAAGCCCUCCAAAAGACGAAGAAGAAAUGAAAAGUUGGCUUUGUGAAGCAGACCUUGCCAUUGUGCCCUCAGAUGAACAAGAAUUUGGAAUGUUUGGUCUUGCAGCCUUGUCAUCUGGCCUCCCUAUCCUGGUACAUGGUGCAUCAGGACUUGGUGAAGCCUUGAGAUAUGUCGAUGGUGGUCGGUUAUCCAUUGUGAAGUCAGAGGAUAUCAGUAAGUGGUCCAAGGCAAUUAAAACGGUCAGGAACUUAGAAAGGACAGUACGGCUGGAUGAGGCUGACUUGCUGCGGAAACAUUACAAUGAGAAGUACAGUUGGGAGAAACAGUGUGGAGAUCUUGUUGAGGAGAUGCUGAAGAUGGCUUCUGGUAUGAAUUUCUUCAAUGUGACUUGCAUGUGUUGGUUAAACAUACAGCAGUUGUCAAAGUAAAAGCAAAGCACAUGUUCUCUGCUGUUGAAUUGUAUUUUCAAGUAAAGGUUUAAUUUGAGUUAGUGAUAAUUCUGAUUAUUAUGGUAUUUAGUUUCAUCUGUUGUAGCCUGAUAAUGCAUGAUAAAUAACUUUCAAGUAGAGUAACAUUUUAUGCAGACAUAGUAGCCCAUUCACCUCAAAUUUCCAUUCCUCUGUCUCAUUUUGUCUUUUUUGUUUUUGUGCAGCUCAACAAGACAAGACUCAGUAACAUGAAAUCUGAUUGAAUACAUCACUUAGGUAGUAAAUCGUUUCUUUUGAUAUUACAAGGUGAUAACAUUGUUAACCAGUAAUAACUGAUUACACCCAUUAGGUAUCUCUCAUCAUGUUUUUGCCUUAAAAUGUUGUGAUUUUGUGAGAAAAAUUCUUUUUCAGACACUCCCUAUAGUGACUUCAGUAGAGUUCUGGUAGAUUAUACUUUCUGAGACUUAAAUGUAAUUCCAAGUGUCAAAUUGUUUAAUUUAAUCAAUUAAUUUUGAUUAUGUUUUCUUAUUUCUCUGCAGCCAAACAAGACCAAACACCCUUAUCCAACAUGAGAGGGUGUAAAAUGAACAAUUAUGUAUUCCUUUGUUAUCUUAAAAUAUAUGCAUGAAAUUUAAGGAUAUAGACAUAGUACCUUUGUUUUAAAUGAGUAAUCUAGAAAGCUUGAAGCACAUGUACUUUAGGUUGAUAAACAAUGCCAAUUGAAAACACCUAGAGAGGUGUACAAAGGGUAAUUUUGUAUAACUUCAUAAAGGUGUGUGUUAGUUACUUAAUCUUAUCUUAAUCUCAUGCUCUUAUUUUUUUCUAAGAAUGAGUAGGCUUUGCAUUCUGGCUUUACUAGAAUGAUAUUAACCUGUGUCCAUUGACAACAGCCAGGGAGGUUUACAAAGGGCACUUUUAUAAAUAACUCGAGAGAGUGUGAUAUGAACAAUUAUGUAUUCCUUUGUAUCUUAAAAUAUAUGCAUGAAAUUUAAGGAUAUAGAUGUAGUACCUCUGUUUUAAAUGAGUAAUAUAGGAAGCUCCACACACAUGUACUUUAGGUUGAUAAACAGUGCCAAUUGAAAACACCUAGAGAGGUGUACAGAGGGCACUUUUAUAUGACAUUUCAUAAGUGUGCAAUUUACUAAAAAGAAGCCAUCAAGGCAGGCUGUUAUGUUUUUCUAAGAAUGAGUGGGCUUUGCAUUCUGGCUUUACUUGAAUGAUAUUAACCAGUGUCCAUUGUCAACACCCAGAGAGGUGUACAAAGGGUAAUUUUGUAUAACUUCAUAAAGGUGUGUGUUAGUUACUUGAAACAAGCCAUCGAAGCAGGCUCCUAUUUUUUUCUGAGAAUGAGUAGGCUUUGCAUUCUGGCUUUAUCACAAUGAUAUUAACCAGUGUCCAUUGUCAACACCCAGAGAGGUUUACAAAGAACACUUUCACUCGACUUUGUUGAGGUGUUUGCAAUUUACUUAACACAAGCCUAUAGAUGCAGGAUUUUACAAGUACAGUAUAUUUACUUCAGAAAAAGUUGGUAGAUUUUAGUUUAUUGUUUAAUGUGUUAUAUAUCCCUAGUUAAAGUAGGCUGCUGUAUUCCAGGUGGGACAUACAUACUACAUACUUUAUUGCAUAGCUCCCCCUUGGGGGCUUUUCUGCCAUAUUGAAAUAUCAAGUUACUAGGAAAAAAAGAAAAAAGAAAAAAAAACUAUUUACAGAUAAAAAUGUAGAUUAUGAGAACAGCUUACAUUUUAAUAAUAAAUCUCAUAUUCUAUGAGACUAUUUUUGUUGGUGCUGCUAAAGGAGAACACAGGUGAUUUAUUGAGAAAUUUCAAGAAUGGGGUGUGCCCAAGCAUCAGAUGAUCAUUUAAAGCCCUCCAAAAGAUGAAGAAGAAAUAAAAAGGUGGCUCUGUGAAGCAGACCUUGCCAUUGUGCCCGCAGGUGAACAAGGAUUUGGAAUGUUUGGUCUUAUAGCCUUGUCAUCUGGCCUCCCUACCUGGAUCAUAGUGCAUCAGGACUUGGCGAAGCCUUGACAGAUGUCUCUGGUGGUUCAGCAUCCAUUGUGGAGUCAGAGGAUUUCAUCGAGUGGUCCAAGGCAAUUAAGAUGGUCAGGGACAAGGUUAGGGCAGUAUGGCUUGAAGAGGCUGAUUUGCUGCAGAAAGAUUACAAUAAGAAGUACAGUUGGGAGAAAUGGUGUGGAGCUCUUGUUGAGGAGAUGCAGAAGAUGGUUUCUGGUAUGAAUUUCUUUUAUGUGACUUGCAUGUGUUGGUUAAACAUGUAGCAGUUGUCAAAGUAAAGUAAUGUACAUGUUCACUUCAGUUGAAUUUUAUUAUUUUCUGCUUUAGGUGAGUGAGUGAUAAUUCUGAUCAUCAUUGUAUUUAGUUUCAUCUGUUGUAGCCUGAUAAUGCAUGACAGAUAACUUUGAAGUAGAGUAAAAAUUUUAUACAGACAGGGUAGCCCAUUCACCUCAAAUUCCCAUUCUUCUGUCUCAUUUUGUCUUUUUUGUUCCUUUGCAGCUCAACAAGACAAGACUCAGUAACAUGGAAUCUGAGUGAAUGCAUCACUUAG